ACCCAAUCCAUUUCCUUUCAUAAACUACUCUUAACUUCUUUAAAAUGAAAUACUCCACUCCUAUUCCAAUGCCCAAAAUAUCUGGUGCUUUUCAACUCCACUCCUGACCCUCUUCGUUCCGGUCGCCCGAGCUCUCUUGGCGUCGAUAAUGGCAGCACCGGAAGAUCCCCACCGCCGGCGCGUCGGCCUCCUGUACGACGAGCGGAUGUGCCGCCACGCCACCCCCGACGGCGAGAUUCAUCCGGAGAAUCCCGACCGGAUCCGCGCCAUCUGGCAGAAGCUCGAGUCCGAGGGGAUUCCCCUAAGGUGUGUAGUUCUGAGUGCCAAGGAAGCUGAGGAUAAGUACAUAGCAUCUGUUCAUACCGCAAGGCAUAUCAAGCUGAUCAAGAAUAUCAGCUCAAAAAAAUUUAAUUCUCAACGUCUUAGGAUUGCCUCAGAGUUCAAUUCUAUAUAUUUUAACAAGGGUUCAUCUGAAGCUUCUUACCUUGCAGCAGGCUCAGUUAUGGAGGUAUCUGAAAAGGUGGCCAAAGGGGAUUUGGAUUCGGCUAUUGCCAUUGUGAGGCCUCCUGGCCAUCAUGCAGAAUCUGAUGAAGCUAUGGGGUUUUGUCUGUUCAAUAAUGUUGCAAUUGCAGCUAAUUUUCUCUUGAAUGAAAGGCCAGAGUUAGGUAUAAGAAAGAUACUAAUUGUGGAUUGGGAUGUUCACCAUGGUAAUGGCACUCAAAAUAUGUUUUACAAUGACCCUCGGGUACUGUUCUUUUCUGUUCACAGGUUUGAUUUUGGAAUGUUCUAUCCUGCUAGUGGUGAUGGUUCAUAUUGCAUGAUUGGUGAAGGGCCGGGUGCAGGAUACAACAUCAAUGUUCCUUGGGAACAAGGACAAUGUGGUGAUGCAGAUUAUGUAGCUGUCUGGGACCAUGUAUUGCUUCCUGUAGCUGAAUCUUACGAUCCUGACAUAAUAUUGAUUUCUGCUGGAUUUGAUGCAGCUGUUGAUGAUCCGCUUGGUGGUUGUUGCAUCACCCCAUAUGGAUAUUCGCUCAUGUUGAAAAAGCUGAUGGGGUUUGCUCAAGGAAAGAUAGUGAUGGCUCUGGAAGGAGGUUACAAUCUCAAGUCUAUAGCAGAUUCAGUUCUUGCUUGUGCAAAAGUUUUGUUGGAAGAAAAACCCUUGGUUGGAUCCAUAAAGGCACAACCUUUAGAGUCCACAUGGCGUGUAAUACAGGAGGUUCGUCAUGAACUAAAGACAUUCUGGCCAGCAUUGUCUGUUGAGUUACCACAGAAAGUAUUGGUUAGCAACUGGAGACCUUGCUCAGUUGAGCUAAACUUGAGCUCUAGCUCUGAGUCUAUUGUGGAGAAUGACGGAGGAGCUUCUGUCACUAUAUGUGCCACAAACUUCGUUGAGAUUAUUGAGCCCCUUUCAAAGUUGAAUAUUGAUGAAGAUAAUCAUGGGAAAGCAAUCACCUUGGACCACAUUGCAACUGACAAAAGUCCUGUUGUUUUAUCUGAAGAAUGUCCUAAUGCUCAAGCAUUGAUGCCUGAUAAGAAUGUUGAUGGUUGUACACGUUGGAGAUCAGUUUUAUCAAAAACUGAAGUUUGGUAUGGCAGUUAUGGAUCAAAUAUGUGGAAACCAGGGUUUCUCUGCUACAUCAAAGGUGGAAAGGUGGAAGGUAUGAAUGAACCAUGUCCUGGAUCACAAGAUAAAAGUUCGCCAAAAGGUGUCAUCUGGAAAACUGUGCCCCAUCAGCUAUUCUUUGCAAGAUCUCUCACCCGCACAUGGGGUAAAGGAGGAGUUGCUUUUCUUCAUCCUGAAAGCAACAAAAAUGACAAAGCCUACAUGUGCAUGUAUAGAAUAACACUCGAGCAGUUCAAUGAUGUAUUGCUUCAAGAGAAUAGUCUACAUCAAGAGAAUGGUAAAAGCCAAGGUGCAGGAGCACCUUUAUUGGAUCUAUCUGAUAUUGGUGUUGUUGCUGAAAACAAGUCAUUGCCUCUGGAGGCUCUCAAGGCUGGAUGGUAUUCUAACAUCCUUUAUUUAGGGGAGGAGGAUAACCUUCCUAUCUUAACUAUGACGUGCUCAUGCUCAGAGAUUGAUCAAUUUAGAUCUGGUGAAUUACCUGUAUCUGGCCCUUCAAAUGAUUACAUGAAUACAUUAGUGAGAGGAUUGGUAGAAGGGAAACAGAUUACAAGAGAGGAAGCAAUUGCUUACAUUAAUGAUGCUGCUAUGAGAGAGUUAUAAUUACUCCUUAGGCCUCUCAUUUUUUGCAUAGCAAGUUGUGUAGGUACAACGAUUAACACUGGAUCAAAAGCAUACAAGCUCAAUUCUUCACUGUAUAUAGCUUGUGUUUUAGAAGUUUUUGUAUGAACCGCACAAAGAGUGUUUGAUAAGAAGAUGUCUGAAUGGUUUUUUUGUUGAUAUGGUUUGUCUUUAAUUUGGUUUGGGUUUGUAUUUGAUUAUGAAAUCGACAAGAGUUAAAUUUGUAGGAUUGCAAACUUUAUUCCAUGUGCUUGCUUUGUUCAUUCUAAGAACAGUGACUGCCACUGGAGUAUGAUUUGUGCCUUUUGCAAAAUAUUGAUCAUUAUGUUGCAGCAGAGAA